GUUGGGCUGCUUGCGGACACAUUAGUUGCUUGAGAUAUUUUCGGCGGAGUGGAUGGUUUGGUUAACGUCGUUCCGAGCGUGUGUGUGUGUGGAUAUGGAGAUACUUACGCGACACUAACAAAUAAGUGAAGUCAAAAGCAAUAAUAUACAAUAUACACGUUCAUUUGUUUUGUGUUAUGCGAAAUUAAUUUUCGUUGUAAAUAACGGUUUUUGGUGAAACGAUAUACUCUAGUGCUCGUGUGUUAUUGUUAUGGUUUUCCCGUUUCCCUGAAGAAUUCAUCUUGUGUAAAAUUUGGAGAGUCAAAGUGAAGUAAAAAAUUAACAGGGACAAAAACAAAUGCAACGCGAAGACUGUCAGUUAUUAAUUACAUAUUCAAAAGUAUUCAUAAACACGCGACGAAAGCUUCAUGACCCUAAAAGAAAUCAAACACCAGGAAAAGUGAACUAAAAUUCUACCGCUCGACGUUCUGAAAGCGGCAAAGCGGGCUGUAAGGCGCAACAGUGUGUUAGAGAUACUUCCUCAGCUGGCAAAAGCCAAAGUUAAAGUAAUAAUCCAAGCUGCAUGGCAGCAAAGUGUAUGAAAAGUGAAAACAAAACACAUGAAUUCACGCAAAAGAGAAACAUAAAGAAUUUAAAAAAUUGCCAGUUUAAACGAAAUUUUCAUAAUAUUACCUAUACAUGCAUACAUACGUAUAUGCAUCCGAAAAACGUACGUCGCGAGUUUUUCUGUGAAAUUGAAAAUAUAAAUAAAAUUAAGCACGUACAUAUUUCAAAAAUCUGUUAUCAGCAAAAAGUUUUUGCACAGCAAAUUAUUUAUGAAAACAGUGUCAAAGCAUUAUUGACACCAGAAAGCAAAAAAAAAAUACGGAUGUGCUUGAAAAAAUAUUAAGUUCAUGCAUAAAUCCAUCGUUUUCCAAUUUUACUGUUUGAUAUAAUUUUCAUUCGCCGUUGCGGAGAAAAAGUGCAAAAUAUUUUUCUAGAAAAAUCCCAACGAUUCGAAAAAGUUCAUAAAAUAGAGAUUGUGUAGAAAUAUUUUCCGUCAGAGGUUCAGCAAGGAUUUUAGUGAUUGUUUCAUAUACCAACAUUAACUACUAUAAAAACUUGUGAAUGUGCUUUGUAUAACAACGCCUGGAUUGCUUUUAACAUUUGAUAAAGCCAAUCGUUUUACAUUCAUCGCACUCCGAAUUAUAAAAAAUUUGCUCUCCAAUCGGAAACUGAGUAAUUGACGAUAGCACUCGUUGAUCUGCAACAAGAGCCGAGCAAAAGAAUGAGGGAAACUGAUGGUCCACGGCUAGCGUACCGAGGGCAUUGAGGUUUCUCAAACAAUAGUUUGCCACACUACAUGGAUCGUAGAAAUGGCGGCGAUAUUUUGGCGCCACCUCGGCCCCCAAAGCACUUACCACGUGUACAUCGUCCCCGAGCACCCGAGCCAGAGGUUAUGUUAAACGGAGCGCAAAUGCAACCGGAGUGGCAACAGCAACAGCAGCAGCGGGAACAGGAACAAAAGCAGAAACAGCGGCAAAUGUCGACAACUACGUCGACGGCGACAGCAGCAACGAACACGACGAGCACCGAAGUAGCGCAAUGUACAAUUAGUAAUAAUCAGCUAGAGCAACAGCAACAACAACAGCCGCAGCAGCAUAAUUUUAAUAGCAACAUUUAUUCAAGUCAAUAUAGUAUUACGGGGGCAGAUCGAGGUGUUGGUACAAACAGUCAAAAUGAUGGUGUUCUCGCUAAUGGUGUUAAUACAUUGAUGCAACCAGAGUUCGAGGAUUACGAGAUUCAUCAUUUGACGAUACUGCCGCAGCGGCCGACCACUCUGAAUCUCAGCCGCAAUAGCAGUCACGUGAGCACCACAUCUUCUUCGACAUCAUCAUCGUCCAUAACUGCGGCGAAUACGUUUACACGCCGCAGACAAUUACCGCCUACCCCGGGUGCUGCUGCACGACUACUUGUAAAUAACAAUAUAAACAACAGCAGCAGCAGUAGUAGCAGCAACAACGCGCGUAGCCAAUCGAACAAUAACGGUGGCUUAAGUAGUGGCCUCACUGGUUUACUCAGUCAUUUCCAUAGCACCGAACUAGCUGCUGCUUCAUCAGUCACGCUGGCUCAACCGCGACCCGAGUCCCAGAGGCUCACCAACGAGUACGUCGAUACUCCGUUUCGAAACGCUGCAGCAAAUGCUGGCUUACCGAAUCAACUGCAGCUGCAACAUGCUUCCCGCGCGCAACAUCCGGCGGGACAGCAUGAUGGUGGCCAAACGACAACGCACCAUCUGUUGUUGCUGCCACAGCGAGAAUUCCGUCAACAGCAACAACAACAACACCUGCAGCACCAGCAUCAACACCAGGUACAUUCGAACCGCUUGGCGGGAACAGUGGCUUCGACGACCGUCACGGCGGGCAUCGACGGCACGGACGGCUUCUUACAUUCGCAUCAUAAUCACAAAACGCCUACGCCCACUACAGCGACAACAACCUGUCCACAUACUGGCAAGGUGAUUCCAGUCGCGCAGAAUGGGCACGGGAGCAGUAGCAGCGGUUUGGGCAGCUUUACCAGCUCUUUGAACGCGCAACAGUCAUUUACUCCGGCAAUCACCAAACAACCCGCCUCAACGACUAGCCAAACGUCACACAUCGGCAGCAAUAAUUGCAAAUUUGCUAAAAAUCUUCCCGCAUUCGACGACUUGUUAACCAUGCAUAACAUAGCGACGGGCAUUUCCACGCCGCAGGGUAUGAUAUCCGCUGUACACGGCGCCAGUCCACUCGGUACACCCAUCAUACUGGGCAGCAGUGGUGAUACAUCCUCAUUGAAUCAGCUGCUUUGCCCACGAUGUGGUCAUUGCCGAUGCGAACAGUGCCAAAGUCCACCCCAUCUGCCGCAAACGUGGCUCUGCAAUAAGACCUGCCUAUGCAGUGCCGAAUCAGUCAUCGAUUAUGUGUCGUGUCUGUGUUGCGCUAAGGCGUUAUUCUACCAUUGCGCACGCGACAACGACAUGGACUGCGAUGAUGGCUCCGGUACACCAUGCGUUGACAAUCCCUGCUCAUGCGGACCCUAUAAACGUACGCAGCGUUGGGGUUGGCUGGGCGCACUAUCGCUCGUACUACCCUGCCUUUGGUUGUAUUGGCCUAUGCGCGGCUGCGUAUCCUUCUGUGAGAAAUGUUACGGACGGAUUGUGGGCCGUGGUUGCCGCUGUCAACAGACGGACUCGCCAACAAACAUUAUACCGAUAUCACAGCUGGGCCUUAACGGAAAUGGAAGCAGCGGUACGGCAAGCAUUUUAAGCGACAACAAUGGUGGUACCGAUUCAUUGAAAUCAGCUGAUGGACAUCAUCAUCAUAACCAUCAUCAUCAUCACAAUCAUCAUAUGCGAAAGGGCGAUCUAACGCCUAAGAAACGACUGCUCGAUUCAAAUGGCGAAUACUAAAACUAAAGGCUAUAUAUCUACAGCCAAACUGGGGUUGAAAUUUUUAUUAGAAAACGCCAUUUAUCUAGGGUACUACAUACGUAUGGAGUACAAUUUGGAUCAGAGAAGAUUUACAACUGAAGAACCACUGCUGGCGGUGGGUUGUGGCGUGAGGCAGUCUUAGAGAAUAGGGACUAUGGGAUCGGGGAUAAAGCGGGGUGGUAGUAGUCUAGUUUAUCGAGCAAAAUCGCCUGAUUGUAGAGAAGUGUUAAUUGACUGACAAUUGAGCAACAGUAUUUUAAUGUAAAAGAACUUGCAUUUAGUGUGCGCAAUGAGUUCCAAUCUCUAUCUCUCUAUUUCUAACUCCUUCUCCCAAAUUUAUUCUGACCGCCGGACAGGGUGUAAAUCAAUCAGUGAUGCCACAUAGCGCCGAGCCCGCCGCGGCAGUUCCUUAGUUCUAGAAACAGAAGGGUAGAGAAGACAGUAAACAAAAAGGAAAAAAACUGCGAAAUUCUUACAACAGAAAUCGCAGAACGAAAUUAACUUAAUGAACUAAAAUGAACAAAGAAGAAGUUGAAAAUAAAAUUAUAGAGUUGGUAAAAAAGUAAACGAAAUGGGAAAUUCAUGAAUAAACUAUAUAUUUAGAGUAAAAAAAUAAUAACCAAAGACUGCAAACAGAUAAUUAUUAAUUAUUAGAAAAGUUAUUUAAAAGAGAAUUAAAAAGCGUGCUUUCUACCAUAAUUUUAACCAGUUAAUAUUUCAUUGUGUAAACGCAAUUUUAAUUUCAGUUUGAACUUUUCAAUUUUUACCAUACAGAUCCAAUCGUAAAUAUUUCGUAUUUUACCGUAAUUUAGUUUCAACGUUUUUCAGCAAGAAAAUGUAGUAAAUUUCAACUAAAUUUCACAAGCGAUUAAUUUUUACAACUAAAUCAUUGUUUAAAAAAUUAUUUUUGUUAUAACUUUUUUAUAAAUGACAAACAUUUUCUUUAACGUUUUAUUUGUUCACCAUCUAAGUCAGGUCGAAGUGUCAAACAUUGACAUUUAAUUGAAUACUUUAUAACAUAAUUCCAUUGUAAAAAGAAAACUAAAAAGUAAUUAAAUAAAACAAUUGUAUAUAAGAAGUCGUAAACCAGGCGCUUGUACUCGUAUAGAGUUGCAAAGUGUAAAACUAAGUGUAAUAAUCGGAAAACGAGAGUGUGUGUAUGGAAAAGCUUAAAGCUCGUAAAAAUUUAGAGGUUAUGUAAACGAAUAACUAAGGCAAAUUAGGGUGCGCUUUUGAAGACACUGGUCACUGAAACGCUACACAGAAGGCUUUAGCUUACGCGACAUCAUAAACAAAACAAUUUUGAUAAUUUUCAUUAAAAUUUGCGCUGUAAUUUUUUCUUUUCUUUUCCGAAUCGUAAAAUUUUUGACAUAGAAAUGUGAGGGGAAUAUGCAAACAUACCACACAAAUGUAUAGUAAUUGUGUGUUAGUUUAAACCGAUUACCUUGAGUAUUUGGAUGCGCUCCAAAAGUCCGACGAAAUACACUCAUAUUUAACAGUUCAACACUCCUUUUGAGCAUAAUAGAUAACAAUAAAACUGAAGAACAGAGAAAGUAAUGCAUUCAAUAAUAAUAUUAUCCGCAAAUGGAUAACGUGAAUGUGCGAUGUAUUUCAAAAGCUAUUCGGAAAGCUUUAUGAAAGCCGCUUGCCGCGCUCGCAUUCAUACAUUAUUCUUUUGAUUCCUACAAUCUAAAUAACAAAAAAGGGAAACAAGAAGCAAAGAAAACAAUUAUAUAUAAAUUAUAUAUGUAUGUACGUACACUGGCAUGCGUUUGUAGGUGUAUGUACAGAUAAAAAAUAAAAAUCUUCAUAAAAUGUAUUUUAUAUAGAAAACUUUUUGUAGCGUAUAAAAGCAAAAAAAUUAGAAAAAAAAGAAAAAAUAUUAAACAUUGCACUUUACUAAGAAACAAGGAAAGCAGCGAAAAGGAAAAGGAAGACAUUACAUCUGCUAUCAAAUCAGCUAGUUUAGGUCUUGCAGUAACCUCCAAAGGCCAGAGAUGCGUUCGGUAAUGAAAUUUACAGAAUUUGCCGGAAAAGCUAACCAAAACGCGCUGAGUACUAAUCAGCUACUGCUUUGGUUUUGUAAAGGUGGCAGUUGAGAACUUUCACUUUCUAUAGCUUUAGUUUUCAAAAAGCUAAAUGAAAAUGUUGAACUCAAUGUUAGUUUCCGAAAUUGUGUAUCUUGCCAAUUGCCUCAAAUAAAGAUGACGAAUAUGACCAGAGGUUAAUUUAGCUGUUAAGCUCGAACUCGGUUUUACCUCAUUUUAAUAUCGGUUUUGCCUUUAUAGCAAUUAAAAAAUUUACAAAAGUUUACAAACCAGAAAGUUCCCAAAGCAGCAAAAAGCUCGAAUUAAAGUUUUAUUUUUCAAUUUAAGCUUUGGUUUAUAAAGCUUUUACAUUGAAAAACUUGCCUUACUUUACAAUUCUGUUUCAGUUAAAAAUUUUGCCCCUCUUCUUGCUAUUUAGAUUUGCAUAUUUUCUCUCACAAAGCAUUCAAAAUCAAUCGGGAUAUUUUGUAACGCAUCUUUUCUUGUGUACCAUAUAUAUCCGUAGGAAAUAUUACUACUAUUACGGUAAAUAAAUAAUUGCAAAGCCAUAACUAAUUGAUUUGAUGCUAUUUUGCCUGAAAUACUGUCUGAGCCAUAGAAAAUAUAAAAAAUUAUAAAUACCCAUAUGUACAUACUUAUACUUACACAUAUUUCCACAACCGUACGAUAUACCAUAAAGUAUAACGGAUUUAACGUAAUUUCAUAGCGGCACUUUCAUGAAAAGAUUUAAACACCAAACUAAUCAGAAGAGAGUAAUCAGUAAAGAUUUAAAUACAAAAACUUUCUACUCACAUGGUAAAUAUUAUUUUUAUACAAGUGAAAAUCGUUUAUUUUAUACGAAGAAUACUAAAAAUCCUAUAGUUGGUUAAAGAAGUAAGUUAAAGUGUAUAUAUGUAAAAUGUGUGACGUAAAUUCUAAAUUAUUUACCAAACGAAAUUUUUAAAUAAAAGGCUCUACAAAUGCAACACUAUAUAUAAUAUGUAUAUGUACAUAUAAAGUAUAUAUGUGUUUAUGAUUCCUUAUAUCCACUCCGAGAUAUGUCUGUAAUAUUCCGCGAAGAAAGUGUGGGGAAAUUUAUUAUUUACACAGUUAUAUUGUGGAAACCAACGCCAAUUUAAAGUCCAAUCGAAAAUCGUCACUUAUCUUUGAUAAUUAAAGACAGAUAAGAACUGUAAAUUGUUUCGUGUAAUAUUGAGCAUAGUGAGUAGUGGUACGAAGCUAAAACUACUAAAUUUUAUUUAUACUUACAGAUAUAUAUAUAUACAUAUAUAUAUAUAUACAAACACGUAUAUAUAAAUGUCACUAUUCAAUAACUGAAAACAUAGUUGUAAUAUGAACAAAGGUUAAAAAGCAAAAACAAAAACAAGAAAAAACAAAGCAAAACAAAAAACCAAGCUUAUCUUAGUUAUUAAUUUUAGUUACGGAAUUUAAUUACAACUAUUAUUAUUAUUAUUAUUAUGACUAUUGUUUAAAUUUAAAGAGAAACUUUAUUAUUGUUACACAAAUAUAAUUAAAAUUAAACUUGAGCGAAGUAAAAUUAAAUUGUAUAUGUAAUUAAUGUAAAAUUGAGACUAAUUUAAUAUUAUGUAAAAAGCAACAACAAAACUAAAAAAAUAGAAAUCGACUAAAUCUAAAAAAAAGUAAAACAAACUCCAUACCUUUGUGUGUGCGUAAUUACGCAAAGGAAAUGCACCGAAAAAUCGCCCUUAAAACUGACUCCGGGUCCCAGCCGAACCGUACAAAAGCACUUACAAUUAAUCAGUCGUUAGCCGAAAAGUGUAGAAGCAAUGUUUUAUUCAGUGUUUCAAAAAAUUAAUCGCACCACGCCUACAUUACACCUUCGCAUAGUCCUUUGGGUGCUCCGUCGGACACUCGUUCGGACUGCGCACGAUUUUUGCAUGGCAACUCUGCGCGUAAAUACACACACACACGUGUAUAAGUCUAUACAUUCACACACACACGUUUAAGCCAACGUAAAAAGUCGAAAUGUGGAAAAAUUGUUUAGCAGUUCGUAUUUGGACUGCAACGAAUAUGUGUGUGUGUGAGUGUGGAGUGUUGUAUGUGGGGGAGUGUUGUUUAAAUUUGUUUUGUUUUUAAUACGCGAAGAGAAAUAUUAUUUAUUUUAUUUGUAACAUAUUUUACUACUACUAAUAAAUGUAUGAAAGAAAAAUAGACUCAAACCGAUUGUAAAUUUCAAAAGAUAAAACACUAAAAACCAACUGUGUGUUAAUAUACCAUACUGUCUAUACAUGUACAUGCGUAAGUGUGUGUAUGUAUCGUAUGUGGCGUGUAUGCACUAAAACAAUGAAAAGGGAAUAAAUAUAAAAAAAAAUAAGAAAGUAACCAAAUCGACUUCACACACGCAUUAAUACCAACAUAAACAUACAUACAUUUAUACUGCAUACAGAGCACAUACAUAUAUACAUACACACAAACAAACAUACAUACUAAAGUUAACGAGAAUGAUGAUGUUAAUGAUGAUGCACUCAUAGAGUUGAAGAAAUGAUUAUUAUUAUUAAAUACGAAAUAAAUAAACAAAAAAAAUCAUAAAAUACUAAAAUUUAAA